AUGACGCUUAAGCUCUUGGCGGAAGUGAGCCCGCAGGAGUUGCUCGUAGCUCUUGCGGAGCUCCAGAACCACGUGCUCGGCUACGUCAAGUCCAUGUCGCUCAAGUGCGCCGUGGACCUCGGCAUCACCGACGCCAUCCACCGCCGCGGCGGCACCGCCACCCUGGCCGACAUCGCAGCCGACACGAAGGUGCACCCGGCCAGGGUCGCCGACCUCCGGCACGUCUUGGAGCUGCUCAGCGAGUCGGGCAUCUUCAGCGCCACCUCCCUCGCCGCUGCCCUCCUUUCUCUGUUGCCGUGGCUCGAACCAACGAAGAAGAAAGGGAAAAAGGAGGAAGAACAGGGACACGGCAAGGAUUUUCCGACCCACGAACGCCUUCAACCUUGA